CUGUUCAACGCCAAAUAAACAAUGCCAGUCAAUCCCCCGGAAUCGGCAUAAUGGCAAGCAUGUGCCCGCUCACUCGAAAUUGGCUAUUUCUGGGAGAUCCGGCGAAGCCGUUCUCCUAUGAUCAUUUGUGCAAACAUGCCACCAACUUGACUGAUUCUGGAUGUCGACAAUGAUUACAUAACCGACUAUCUCCUCAUUAGGACAUGGCGGUGCACCAUAGCGGACCUACAGGGCUUGGGCCUGUGGCUACCCGCCAAUCGUCGGACUCCACCAUCCACCCUAAUGAUAUCACCACCGUCAGGGUCCAACUUGUAAGUGUCGGAGUAGUGUGGCUGGUGACAUCCUCAUCACCCUUCCUCCCCCCACCAAAGCCAAUGAAACCAGCUGCCACUGCUGGGCUUCAUCUGGGGAUCGUCGCAAUGCGCUCAUUUCCCCUCUCUGCAGAGCCAUGCAGAGCCCGUGGAGUACCCCCUCCUGCGCCUUUCGGCUGCGGUGGUCCCCCAACGGGAAAAAGGCCUCCACUUCAUCCACUGAUCGGCUUAACGGGCACACUCACUCAGCCCCCCCGUCCCUCAGGCCUAAUAACAAUGCAAUUCUGCUGCCUUCCGGGGCAGGACUAUUGCAAAUUUUUCCCCCCUUCCACCAGUAUAUGUUUGCUCGUGCCCAUAAACCCGUUGAACUUUUGGCUGGGAAGCCUAACUGAACUGCACGUCCGGUACAAUUCGGAUACAACGACUACAGGGUCAUUUCUCUAGACCAUCUGGAACCAACAACCCUAUUGUAUAGUAUACACGAAGUCUCCCCAACCUAAGCUCCAAUUGCCAGGAUGGGUGUCGGCGGCGUCAUCCUCCGCUUUGCGAAUCUCGCUAUUCGCAUCCUCCAGUUUCUCGAUGCCGCAGUCAUUCUCGGCAUUUUCUCAUACUUUCUCGCCGUUCUCGCUCGGCAUGAUCAGACGAUCCCCCAGUGGAUGAAGGCUGUUGAAGGUCUG